AUGGCGGGUGUGCCUCUGCUGUGGAACCGGGUCUCCGCUGCGAAGGAUGCAUUGUGGCAGCUGCCUGUCUGCAACAUCGAGAUCCUCGAGGAGGAUGCUUGGAGACUGCGAUUCCUAGAGGAGUUUCAUGGGCAGAGCCCGGUGAUUCUGCGUGGCUGGAGCUCGGAGGCUACACAGAAGCUGGCAGAGCGGAUGGAGAAUGAGACCAUGCUUUCAGAAUUCGGGAAGGUGGAGGUGCGCGUCGGCCGUGGCUUCUUCUUCCAUGUGCAGGGGCAGGCCGAAGAAAGUCUUCCGCUGGAAGAUUUCGUUCGGAGCAUGCCCAAUGACAACUACUUGUUCGACUUUGGCGAGUUCAUGGAGCAAAGCGGUUUGUCUGCCAACUGGAGCCUUCCUCCUGUCCUGGAGCAGCUAGGAACUUACGACACCUCCUCUGUGCCCCUUCGACUGGCGUUGGGCAGCACAGGUCAGGGAAUGCCUUUCCACAGCCACGAAGACUCCUACCACUUGCAGCUGCAGGGGCGGAAGCGAUGGGGAAUCUAUGCGCCAGGGAAGAUGACAAGAACAGGCGUCCUCCAUUCCGAAGAUUAUACGGCCUGGCUGAGAUUCAGAAGGAGAGGCAGAGGCUUCGUUCCACCGCAGUGGGAAUGCGUUUCGGAGCCCGGCGACCUGCUCUACGUCCCAGAAGGAUUCCAGCACGCCACGGCCAGCCUCGGCUAUUCCGUGGCCGUGGUGCAGCAAGCGCGCCGCGCCCUGCCUUGGUCGGCCGUCUUCCACCGACACGCCGCCGUGCAGGCCAGCCGGGAGAAGCAGCGGAAGCAGGCGGUGAAGCUGGCGAAGAAGGCCGCCAAGCUCGAUCCCACGAACUCGGACUUGUGGCUGACCCUGGCUCAGAUACACCAAGGGCCCGACUCGGACUCCGCAGCCCAGAUGGUGAAGUAUUGCGAGAAAGGCCUCAAGGCCAACCCUCUCUGUGGGAAGACCCGGCUGCACUUGCUCAUGGCUUACAACUCCCUCGGCCUUGCCAGCAAGACCCAGGAGCUCAUGGAAGAGACCAAGUCACUCGGCCGGGAGCUGGUGGAAACCGUGGAUUUCUUAGUCCAGGCCGAGCAGAAGCGGCGCACCGAGCUGUGA